ACCAAUGGAGAGCUUGAAUCUAAGGAAUUGUGGGACUGGUAGUCCUAUUGGUGCCUGGCAGCUUUGAGAAAUACUUAAUAAGACUUCAAGCCCCAGCGUGACAUGAAUGCGUCCAGUGGUUGUAAAAAGCGUCACGCCCACCCUCGUCGGGGAAUUAUGGUUCCUGACCUGUAGUGAUGAGAUAGGUUGGAGCGCAGGAGACAGAAGUAAUGGCAAAGAGAAAAAAUACAAAGAAUAAUAGAAAGGAAACCACAACUACAGGAGUUCGGAAGAAAACCACAAAGAGCAAAAAGCAAAGCUCUAAUGAGGAUCAGAGGCCCAGUAAAACACAGCGUAGAAGCAUCACCGAUGAUGAUCAACAGCCAAAUAAAGCACAAGGUCAUGAACCACCACAAAAAUCUAUCCGUGUAACUCAGACAGCAGAGCAGAAACCAUUAACAACUUCUGUUAUAGAGCAUAUUCAGUGUUGCAUUGAAACUGCAAUGUUGUCAGUUUUGAGCAGAAAGAUUCCUGGCCGUCAAGUUAUACAAGAGCUACUUACAUCCCUCAAACAGAGACUUCUUAGACAGUGCAAGAAAAUGAAGGCCCCCUCUACCAAACUGGGAAAUCUGAAGCACCUACGCAGAGAUUUGGCUGAUGAACAAAAUAGGAUGGAAGCUAAUGAAGCUGCUUUGAAAUCUUUAGAGGAUGAGCUUAAGAAAGCUGUGGAGACCACACAACGAAUAGAAGAGGAAAUUGUGCCUCUGCAAGAAAAGCUUGACCAUUUGAGACCAGAGUUAGAGGAAGAGCAGCAACUGGAGGACGGGAGUUUGAACUCUGAUGCUCUACAAAUUCCAAAAACAUCCUUUGAGACAGUAACUACUCAGGAAAAUGUUCAGUUGUUGAAGAACCCCAACUUGCUAUUGAAAGAACUUUGUUUGAUAGAAUCAACGCCUGCUGCAAAGGACUUACGAAGGCUUAUUGAGAAAUCCUAUGCUGAAACGGAUAAACUAUAAUCAUAAGCUUAGCAGAAACCUCUCUCUUUCAAAUCGUGUAAUACACUUUUAUUCAAUAAUAAAUACUUAUUUAAUAUAA